AUGCCACGGUCACGGCCUCAGAAGAGUAUGUCGUCUCGGCUUCUCACUAUGAAAUUUAUGCAACGUGCUGCUGCUGCAUCUACAAGUAACCCAGCAACUCCAGCAAGCGAAAAGUCUGCCGCACCAGCCGAGCUUACAACGCCAUCCCCAAAGCGCAGAAAGGUAUCAGCAGAUACCUCUUCAAAUUCGCCACUAACCCCCUCAUCUUCGGAUCUUAAAGCAAUAUCGGCCGCAGUUAAAGCAGAAGAAGAAAAGCGUGCAGCAGCUAUCGCAAAACAAGCAGCAGAUGCUGGGGAGACGGAGUGGGUGUUGGAAUUUCCCGCUGGAACGAUUACCAAUUUGCCCUCAGCUAAAACCGACAGCAAUCCUGCGAUUGAGGAGCCAGUAGACGGCGGACGAAAAAGCUACGGCAAUUAUAAGAAGAAGGCAAAGCCGCUUAAUUGCGGCAAGUGA